AUGGAUUCUAGUUCCAGCGGGCAAAAUGAUCCAACAAAUACAACUGAUUCCACUCAAAGUGAACAAGAAACUGCAACAAGUUCAAAAUCAAAAGUGAAAAGAAAGCCAGUCAUGCCAAGGUCUACAGUUUGGGAUCACUUCACCAAGUUUAAAACUGAUAAUGGUGACACCAAAGGCAAGUGUAAUUAUUGUAAUAAAGAAUUUUGUUGUGAUCCUAAGAGAAAUGGAACCACUGCACUUAGGAAUCAUAUGAAUACUUGCAAAAAGCAUCCACAUGCCAUUGAGACUAGGCAAGCACUAUUGGAUUUGCAACCAAAUUCAAACAAUGUAGAGGGUGAAGUAGGCACACUUACUACUUGGAAAUAUGAUGAAAAUGCAAUUAGGGAGGCUCUUGUUUCCAUGAUUAUCAUUGAUGAGUUGACAUUUAAAUUUGUAGAAGGUGAGGGAUUUCGAAAAUUUAUGAGAGCUAUAUGUCCCAAGUUUAAGAUUCCCUCUCGUUGGACUAUUUCACGAGAUUGUUAUUUAGUGUAUGUUGAGGAGAGGUCAAAAUUGAAGUCUUAUUUGAAGAGAAAUUGUCAAAAGUUACAUAAGAAAAUCAUUAAUUUUUGUCCUAUUACAAGUCAUAAAGGUGAUGCAAUUGGUAGAGCUAUUGAAACUUGUUUGCUAGAGUGGGGGCUAGAUAAGAUAUUCACCAUUACAGUUGACAAUGCUAGUUCAAAUGAUAUAGCCAUUUCUUAUUUGAAAAAAAAGCUUGCAAAUUGGGGUGUCACUGUUUCUAAUUCUGAUUACCUUCAUAUGAGGUGUAUGGCACACAUAGUUAAUUUGGUUGUCAUGGAUGGCUUAAAAGAUGUUGGUGAGUCAGUGCUGAAAGUAAGGAAUGCAGUGAGAUACAUUAGGAGUUCUCCAGCUAGGUUGAAAAAGUUUAAGGAGUGUGUUGAAUAUGAAAAAAUUGAUGGCAAGUCUUCUUUGUGUUUAGAUGUGCCAACUAGGUGGAAUUCAACUUACUUGAUGUUGAAUAUAGCUCAAAAAUAUGAAAGGGCGUUCGAGAGGUAUGAGUCACAAGAACCUAUGUUUAGGCUUGAAUUGGGAGAGAAUGGAGUGCCUGAUUUUCAUGAUUGGUCUGAAUGUAGGAAAAUGGCUGAAAUGUUAUCUCAUUUUUAUGAGCUUACUUUGCGUAUUUCUGGUUCUCGGUAUAUCACAUCUAACAUGUUUUUUGGUGAGAUAAGUGACUUGGCUUUUAUUUUAAAUCAAUGGGUGGAUAGUACUAAUGUUGAGGUGAAAAAUAUGGGGGACAGAAUGAAGAAAAAAUUUGACAAGUACUGGGGGGAUAUAGAUAAAAUGAAUAAAUUGAUUUAUUUUGCUACUGUUCUUGACCCUCGUGAUAAGUUUGAAUAUAUGGAGUUUCAAUUUUGCCAAAUGCAUGGUGAAGAAAAGGGUGAGCAGUUGUUCCAGAAGGUGAAGUCAUCUUUGAUUGACUUAUUUAAUGAGUAUAAGAAAAAAUAUCAAACUGAUUGUGAGCAAAUAAGUGAUAACACUAGCUCACAGCUCUCAAGUGGUAGUGGUAGUAUAAUAAGUCUAAAGCCCAAAUUGUACUUGAAGCAUCACUACAAGAAGCAAAAGUUAGAAAAAAAUGGAGGUUUAGAUUCAAAAACAGAGUUGGAAGUGUAUCUCAAUGAGGCAAUUCAAGAGGACAAGGAAGAUUUUGAUAUCUUAAAAUGGUGGAAAAUCAAUUCUGAGAGAUUUCCCAUCCUUGGAAAAAUGGCAAGAGAUAUAUUGGCAGUCCAGUUUCAAUCGUUGCAUCAGAGAAUGCUUUUAGUAAUCGUGGGAGAGUACUAG